AUGGGUAUAGCAGCGUCGGCGACGGAUACGACGGCGACCCCCUGGACUCCUCCGGACGCGGCAGCCAUGAACGAGAUCGCGCCGCCGCCUCCACCACCUACGCAUCAGCCCAGGCUAAAGUGCGACUUGUGCUCGCUUCGGCAGUCGUCACGUGAGGCACUUUUCUCGGGUUCGCCGCCACCUCCGUCGCGCUUCUCAUCGCCGCCAACGCCAUGUACUUCAUCUUCAUCCCGGGCCUGGGCACGUCUUCCAUCUCCACCGCCAUGCACGAGUCCGAUCAACGACCUCGGCUACCACUGUGGCACGGCAGUGUCAGCACCAGGGCGGGUUCUUCCACUUCACCUGCCUGCCCCUUGA